CUCCCGACUCUCUCCAGAAAUGAGCAAAGCGGCACUAAGACCGUGGUCCAGCCGCAGCCGCCUCUUCUCGCCACGCCCCCCGCCUCACCCUCAGUCGGCUUCUCCAACUCCUGCCAGUCUCGACGUCCCUCGGUUCCUCAGUCCACAGCUCUGCGCAGCAGAGUAACACAGCGCCUAGACGCCUAAGGCCGGCAGCCGGGCGAAGCGUUCGCCGCAACCGCCACUCUAACUAGCGGUAUUUAUAGCAACCGGCAACACAGCGCCCCUUCUUGCCCCGCCCCCUCCGCCUUCGAUUUGCUUCCGCUUCCGGUCCUGGAGUCCCGGCUUUGCGGUGAAGAGCUUUGCAUUUUGGGAGCUCUUUCCUUUCUCGCUCCCCGGCCAUCUUGGCGGCUGCUCUUGGUUGGGGGCCGUCCCGCACCUAAGGCAGGAAGAUGGUGGCCGCAAAGAAGACGAAAAAAUCGUUGGAGUCGAUCAACUCUAGGCUCCAACUGGUUAUGAAAAGUGGAAAGUACGUGCUGGGGUACAAGCAGACUCUGAAAAUGAUCAGACAAGGCAAAGCGAAACUGGUCAUCCUCGCCAACAACUGCCCAGCUUUGAGGAAAUCUGAAAUAGAGUACUACGCCAUGUUGGCCAAAACUGGUGUCCAUCACUACAGUGGCAAUAAUAUUGAAUUGGGCACAGCAUGUGGAAAAUACUACAGAGUGUGCACACUGGCUAUUAUUGAUCCAGGUGAUUCUGAUAUCAUUAGAAGCAUGCCAGAACAGACUGGUGAAAAGUAAAUCAUGCAAAAUUUUUCUUUAAUAAAACUGGCCAGAGCUUCUUUUAAAAACA